UCCUCGUCACAACCUCGUCACUCAUUUCAGUUGAUCCGCAGGCUGGGUCCCUACUUAUCACUUACCAUCACGCCAGCAUGGCAGCAGCGGGACGUCGAGUUCUCUCUUAUUCGGACUCCCUUGCAGCGCCUACGGGGGAUGUGGACCAUGAAGCUCCUCUGCCCUCGCUCGCCGCCUCGAGCAGUCCCGCAAGCAUAACGAGGCGAAAGAGGGGACCCAGGGCCAGUGGUGAGACACAAGCCAUGCAGCCCUCGUACGCACCGCCGCCUGUCCAGCUUCAACAGCCUCAACCCCAGCAGCAGCCACCGCCCUGGCUCUUUGGCCCUCCUCCCGCACCUCCCCUCUACACGGGACCACCGCCCAAUCCAAAUGCUGUACCAUUCCAGCCUGCGCCCUAUCCAUACGUACAGCAACAUGCCUACACACAAGCAGGGCCUUCCACCUAUCACAUGCCUCCCACGCAGCCUCCCUUUCCCCAGCAGCCGCAUCUAUACUCAGGCCCACCACCGCCUCAGGCUCCGUAUCCUCAGCAGAUAGGUCCACCCAACACCUUCUAUCAUCCUAACCCCAUUCCACCUCAUCCCAAGUCAUUCUCAGCUUCAGCUUCAGCUUCAGCGUCACCCGUCCCAGCACCUCUUAAAGCCCAAGCGAUCCCUUUCAAUCCCUCUCCUCAACCCCCGGCAAUACGUACGCCUUGGCCUCACUCAGACUAUUACGCAUGGACGACUGUUGUGAUAGACGUCGACGAGAGCAGCGAUGAGGACGACGACAGCUCUUCUCCUAGUGGAUCCAGCUCAUCCACACCCUCGUCGUCGUCGAGUCACGCAAACCGGGCAGCUUUGAGUCGCGCAAAGCGUAAACGCCAAACGAUCGACCUAGUCGACGUGCGCCGCAAGCUCCUAGACGGCGCUUCAUCGUCAAAGGGCAAGACCAAGGAAAAUGAUGCUGCAUCUGGUUGGACAACUCCGCUCGACGCCUCUGUGCGGUCUUCUCCGGCCAUCGAGGGUGCCGAUGAGAUCGGGCAGGGUACGGCUACAUCGAGUACGAGUCUGGGAGAGUACGAACGCAAGCAGGCAGAGAUACAGGCGAUGCUUGAGAAGAUUCGGAAGCACAAUGAGGCAAAAGCUAGGAAAAAGGCGCUAGCCACUCUGGAAGCAAGCAGAGGAGAGCGGGGCCAGACUGAGGUCGAUGCAAUUGGGGAAGAGGCAGCCUUGGCUGAUGAGAGCUUCGUCGCAGAAGCAGGUGCUGCGCCAACGCUCAACAGCGAGGGCCAAGAGUGGGCGAUAGGAAUGACCACACAAAACGAAGAGGAAGGGUCUGCUGCCGCUGCCGCGGCCGACCAACUAGCACAACAACGCGCUCGUCUCUUGGCAAGCAUGGCGAGGGGAAAGAAGCGCAAAGCGGAAGAGGCUGCGGCGGCAUCGGCGUCAGCAUCUGCAGAUACAUCUGCGGCGACCACCGCCUCGACAGACGAGACGCGGGACGAUUCGAGCACAGAGCAGGCAACGACUACGACGCAGGCAGAGGUUGAGGAUGAUGACACAGCCUCUGUUGCUCAUGUUGAGACGGCACCAUCCACGAAAAGGCAGAGGAGGAAGGAGAAGAGACGCAAAAAGAAGCAAGAGAGGCAAGAGCAUCUCGAGAGGGAGAGAGAGGCUGUUGCUGCUGGAGAUGGUUGAUGCGAGCUCCAUUGCAGUGCGCGUGAGUGCACUCAAAGGGAGACCGCGUCUGAUUGACGGAGCUCACGAUCAGCAUCCGUCACUCUCGGCAGGACUACAUGCGAGCUCGACUUCAGCCCUGACCUGGCGCCCCAACAAGCACCUCACGCCCCUUGAGCACAAGAGCCUGCAGAUAGAUAAGAAAGGAGCUCCGAGCCAUGGCUGGCGGAGGAUACGUCUAGCGUCGUCCGAUCUGCACACGCAUACCGGAGGAGCAAGAUCGACAUUCACAUAGGCCGAAUGGCAGCAUCCAUAACCCCGCAUUAGCCCCG